AUGAAGCGUCGCCGACAUGUCCAUCUCUCGCUGCCCCGGCAACGAGAUGGGCAGACCCGCCUGGUCGACCUGUCCUUCUCACGUUCACCAUCGUCGGCAUCGUCGCCUUCGUGGUCACCGAGGGCCUCGUCUGCCGGCAGCACCACAGCCUCGUCGUCAUCGCCCUCUGCGUCGCCCCACUGGGCGACCCGGCAGCAGAGGUGCGCCUUUCGACUAUGCCCCGACCUCGACACCGUCCCCGAAACCACAGAGAUGUGCUCAAAGUGUCUGGACGUGGGGAGGAACGUGCCGUACUGCUCGCCCACAUGCCAGAAGAACGACUGGACGCACCACAUGCGCGUGUGCGGCCAGGAACCCGCCUCGCCCACCUCCGCCCGGCGACGGGCCUCGCCGCCGCCGCCGCCACAACAGCAGCCCAGCAUCGCACUGAAGUUCUUGAAGACGAGUCUCAAAUUAGCCAACGGAGCGUUGGCGGAGAGCGGCCAGCCGCCGGCUAAGAAACAGCGACGAGGCGACGAAGACGAUGACGACGGCAAUGUCGAUGCCGCGGAGUCAGCGGCUGAGCAGCAGCAGCAGAACAGGAGACGGUGGUCGGCGCCGGUCGGCAGCCCGCCGGUGGUGCCGGUCAAACGUGCGGCCGGCGGGAUGGCAGAGAGGACGGCGUGCGACGACGUCGCAGGCGCAGGCGCAGGCGUAGAACUUAACGAGCGGUGGGCGAGGCGCCCGAGGCGUAUCAUCAUCGACGACGACGACGAGGACCAGGAAGAGAAGAGGAAGGAGGAGGAGGAAACGGUCAAGACUUCGAGACCGAACGCAGUUGGCAUCGUCUACGACGAUGACGAAGAAGAAGAAUGGGUAGUGACCGCCGGCGGUGCAGGAACGGAAGACGCGCGAGCAAAGGGGAAGGAGAAGCGCGAGAAGCCUCGGCCCAAAGUGGUGAAGAGAAAGAGGAGGUGGUUGAAAAGGGAGAGGAAAAAGAUGGAAAGGAGAAAGCAGCGGGAGAUGGAGGCGGAGAAGCGGGAGAAAGAGAAGAAGGAAGAGCUCGCUGAUCUCGGCAGUCAAGGCGACGCCGCCGUCUCGCCAGCUCCGACACCUACGACGGCGACCACCACGACCACCGCGCCGACGAAGAACAAGCUGAGGCAGCUGCUGCUCGUUGACGCGCUGGCGGCUCCGGCGAAAGCUACUGCUGCGGCGGCCGCGGCUGAAGCCACGACCAGCACGACCAGCAUGAGCGCCGGCUCCGCCACGAGCCUGCCAGAGAACUGGCCGACGUGCGUCAAGUACAUCACCAAGAACCUGGAGGUGUUCCAGACCGAGAACGAAAACGAAAACGACAAACACGAAGACAAAGACGAAAACGAAAACGAAAACGAAGUCGACAGCCAGGGCCGAGAGAAGCGGGUGAAGGCAGCGGAGUGGGGCGAUGACAUCGGCGGCAAGGUCACGCGGGAGAACGUGCGGAUCGUCAAACUGUCCAGCAGCCACCCGGCCUACCGGGCCGACAUCAAGCACAAUCACAACGAGGGACAGUCAUUCGGGGUGGUGGCCCGACGGUGGCUGCGGAAGCAAGCCACCGUCGGCGAGUACGUCGGCGUGCUCAUGGAUUCGAAAGGCCGGCAACGAGCUCCGAUUUUGAACGACUACCGUGACACGGGCAAAGAACCCAACGUCGUGUUCAUCGGACACCCUCCCCGCAUUCUGGUCCAAGCCACUCGCGAUAUUGCUCCCGGCGAGGAGCUGCUCGUGGACUACGGUGAGGAGACGUACUGGACCUUGGCCCACAACCAAGCUCACGACGACGAAGACGACGACGAUGCCGACGAAUACUGGGAGGAGUCGGCUGUCUCGAAGUCGUCGCGCCGGCCCUCGACCAACAAGCGCGCGUCCCGUAGACAGCCCGCGCGGGUGUCCCUGGCGGAUUUGGUAGCGAGGCGCCUGAUUUCGCCCGAACACGACGUGCUCUACUGCAGUGCGUGCAAGGUGACUGCGCACUUCAGCGCUCGUGGCCUUAUCUACAAGGAAUCGGGAGGAGACACCUGGCUAUCGAUCGACAGCUGGUACUGGAGCCACAACGUCAGGUGUCCCAAGGGACAGAAGGCCGAAGACGAGGCUCGGAUCUCCAAGCUGGUCUACGUGCGACCGCUCAAGAAGAAGAACGCGGUCGGCCGAUCGCUGUGGGACCUCGUGGCCAACGCCGCCGACCCGGACAAAGAAAAGCACGCCUACGAGAGCGAAAGCGAAGAAAGCGAAUGCAAAAAUGAAGAAAGUGAAAGCGAAGAGAGCGAAGACGACGAUGGCGACGCGGAAGAAGAGGAGCGGGGAAUGCAGGCCAGGGCGCAGCCGACGCCGCCGAACACUCGACGGGUGGCAGCCGCAGCCAAACUGACCCCCGCGCCCGCGGCCCCACCCAUGAAAAAGGCCACCGCCGCGGCGAGACCGGAAGCCAAGGCUGGAGUGGAGCCCAGGCUGGCCCAGCUGGCGCGGGAGGCCAAGGAAAAGGAAGAGCGCGAAAGAAGGGAAAAGCAGGCGCGGAGGGAGGAGAGCGAGCGACUGGCCAGAGAGCAACAAGCAGCGGAGGAGAAGGAGAAGGAGCUCGCAGCAGAAAGGGAAAAGGAGGAGCGGAAGAAGAAGCGGGAGGAGCGCAGGAGGCAGCGCGAGGUGUGGCGCAAGCUACGGGAGGAGAUCCGGUCGCUCCCGGGGGAGGUCAAGGCCAGGCGGGUGCGUUUGGGCGACCAAAACGCCAGGCUCGGCGAUGAAGAGUAUCACCUCUCCUCCAUCAUGCAGGCCUACGACGAAGAGGAGCAGUCUCCCAGUUCCCCCUGA